AUGGCGGACCGCGGACGAGGUCGCGGAGAGUUCCGUGGUCGCGGUGGCGGUGACCGCGGCAACUUUGGCGGUGGACGAGGAAGAGGUGGAGGCUAUGAAGGCGGGGGAGACAGAGGACGAGGUGGCUUCCGUGGUGGCGGUGGAGGCGGUGGUUUUCGCGGUGGACGAGGUGGUUUCGAAGCACCCAAGGUCUUUGGGAACGGUUCCUUCUCCCAACCGGAUGCCGAAGUCACAAAGCUCGAGAAUGCUAUGGUGAAGGGCGACUUGUCCACAGCGCUUGCCAAUAGCUCUCUCGACAUCAAACUCCCAGCCCGUCCCGGAUAUGGCACCACUGGCAGAGCCAUUGUACUAUACACAAACUACUUUGAGCUGAAGGGCAUCAAGCCCGAAACCACUCUCUAUCGAUAUUCCGUCGCCUUCCUACCGGAUACCGAACUACCGAAACCGAAGAAACGCCGCUUAGUCGAGCUUUUACUGCAGACUGCGCCCUUCAAAGGACUACCGAUCGCUAGCGACUGGUCACAGAUACUGGUCACUACCCACGAAGUCCCGCUUGAGGCUAAGCGCACAGAGUACCUGCUUGAAUGGUUCCCAGUGGAUGGCACCCCACUUCCUGCUCAGAGCCCGGACGAGUCGGACAGAGUGAAGGCUGCUCGGAAGAAGAAUACCUAUCGAGCUCUGGUCGAAGCGAUAGGAACCGUUUCUGUAAGAGACCUGCUGAACGACCUGGCGCAGCCGACCUCGAACUAUCCGCUCAAAUCGGAGACUAUCCAGGCUCUAAACGUGAUCAUGGGUCAUGGCCCGGGCAGCGAUAGCAACAUCGCAAUAGCCGGUGGCAACAAAUUCUACCCCUUUGGUCACCACCCUCAGCUGCAGGUUGCCGACCUAGGUUCUGGCCUCCAGGCUCUUCGAGGGUACUUUUCUAGUGUACGUACGAGCGUCAACAGGAUACUCGUCAACGUCAACGUAGCAACUGGCGCCUUCUACAAGUCGGGACCACUCCUAGAGGUGAUGAAGGAAGUGACGGGAGGUCCGCCCCCAGCAAAUGAGCCACAGCAGAGGCGGCUAGCGGCGUUCUUCCGCAAGCUCAGGGUCGAAACAAACUACAUCCCUGAAACUGAUAAGGACGGAAAGACCAAAAUGGGCAAAAACGGCCCUGUUACGAAGCGUAAAGUCCAUGUCAUUGCUGACUUUUCUCCAUAUGGCAAGCACAGCCAGAAUGUCACGUUCCAGGAGACUGAUUCCAAGGGCAAGGUGUCGAACGUCUCUGUCGAACAGUAUUUCCGCCGCAAGUACAAUAUCAAGCUUGUGGCACCGCAGGCUCCUCUGGUCAAUUAUGGCGCUCCAAAGGAUCCAAAAUGGAUUCCGGCUGAACUGUGCAAGAUCUUGCCGGGUCAGUUGGCGAGACGUUUGCUGCAGGGCCCCCAGACCAGUGAGAUGAUCCGGUUCGCCGCUCGCCGACCCCAUCAGAAUGCGGAAUCAAUCAUGGGCGAUGGCUUGAAAGUCACAAAGAUCCAACCAGCGGCCAACGGCUUGAACACUAGCCUGACUCCGUUUGGGAUCAAAGUCAACCCUAGUCUGCUCACUGUCCCUGGUCGCAUUUUGGCUGCGCCUGUGCUGCAGUACAGAGCCCAAACAACAUGCACUCCAAACAAUGGAGCAUGGAACCUUGAUCCGAGGCAAUUGGGCCAGAGACCCUUCCGUGUGGCUAGAAAGUUGGGAUCCUGGAAUACACUUGUGAUCAACUCUGGCAACCGUGACACUAUUCCUGGAGGCAUACAGGGAGUCAAGCUCCACUUGAAUCUCUUCCGCCAAACUAUGGUUACGUACGGACUAGAACCUGACGCGAUCCAAGAACCUGCUGUUAUCAACAUCGCUUUCGGAGAUCUUCAGAACAAGAACGUCCCGAAAAUUCAGAGUGAGAUCUCUACAGCCCUACGUACCAAGUUCAAGGCGAAGCCAAAUUUCUUGUUUGUUAUUUUGCCGAGCGAUAAUGCGGUUCUAUACGAUUGUAUCAAGUUCGUUUGCGACUGCCAGCUUGGCGUACCGAACAUCUGUAAUAUUGGCAGCAAGUUCUCGAAGGAGAAGGGGCAAAUGCAGUACUUCGCCAACGUGGUGAUGAAGUUCAACCAGAAGCUUGGGGGUGUCAACCACACCGUGGAGCUGAAGAAGAUGGCGCCGUUGGACGACAAGACGAUACUGUUUGGUAUUGAUGUUACGCAUCCUUCACCUGGGAGUGCGGAGACGGCGCCUAGCAUCGCUGGUGUCGUUGCAUCGGUCGAUGCGUUGUUUUCUCAGUAUCCUGCCAGUAUGCGCACUCAGAGGGGCCGCCAAGAGAUGGUAGCGGAACUCGAUGAGAUGAUUGUUGAGCGACUGAAGCUAUGGCAGAAGCGCAAUCGCGGAGGCCUGCCUAACAAGGUCAUUGUCUACCGUGACGGUGUGUCAGAAGGGCAGUAUCAAAUCGUCCUCAGGGAGGAGUAUCCUGCGUUCAAGAAGGCGUUCGACAAGCUUUAUGGGGUAGAAAGCAAACACCCCAAGAUCUCGAUUGUCAUGGUCGGCAAGCGCCACCACACGCGAUUCUACCCGACAAAGGAAGAGGAUACGGAUGGGCGGACUGGCAACCCAAAGCCUGGCACUGUUGUUGACCGCGGGGUCACUGGCGAGAAGCUGUUUGACUUUUUUUUGCUCGCUCAUCAAGGUCUCCAAGGGACGUCGAAGCCAGCGCACUACGUCGUGUUGAGGGACGACAACAAGUUUGGGGCCGAUCAGCUUCAAAGUCUAACGCACAAUUUGUGUUACACAUUUGCCCGCGCAACCCGCUCCGUCAGCAUCUGCCCCCCGGCCUACUACGCAGAUCUGCUGUGCGAGCGUGGCCGUUCCUACCUCCAGGGAGUGCUCAAAGGCGAUGGCUCUGUCGCUUUCUCAGACACUGAGUGGCAUAGAGACGUCAACCCAGCUCUCAUGGAGAGCAUGUACUACCUCUAG